UUUCUUCUUCAUUUCUCUAGAGAACUACCGAUUGCUUUCUUCUGCAGUCUUUAACUAAUUCAUAACCGAUGCUUAAGUUAAGCCAAAAACGCUGUGUAAUCCUCGUUUAUAGCUCUGAUUGCGCAUGAAUCGGAUUCAAUUCUCGAUCUCUUUGGAAGGUGGUGAAGAAUAGCGAGAUUCACAAUCUUCGCACAUAUUACUGUAGAAAAUGAUGAAAUCUCGGAGAUAGAGUAAUUUGGAGUUGCAUAUGGGAUCCACCUGGGACCAUAUGGGGGAGAUUGCUAAUAUUGCUCAGCUUACAGGCCUCGAUGCAGUUAGAUUAAUCGGUAUGAUAGUAAAAGCAGCCAAUACAGCUCGAAUGCACAAAACGAAUUGCAGGCAAUUCGCUCAACAUCUGAAGUUAAUCGGUAAUCUUCUCGAACAACUUCGAAUCUCUGAAAUGAAGAAGUAUAGAGAAACUCGGGAGCCGCUUGAGUUACUAGAGGAUGCCUUGAGAAGAUCUUACAUCUUGGUCAAUAGUUGCCAGGAUCGGAGCUACUUUUAUCUGCUGGCCAUGGGAUGGAAUAUUGUCUAUCAGUUUAGGAAAGCUCAGGACGAGAUAGAUCGAUACUUGAAGAUCAUUCCUCUCAUUACUCUCGUGGAUAAUUCUCGUGUCAGGGAAAGACUUGAAGAUAUCGAAAGAGAUCAACAUGAGUACACAUUGGAUGAUGAGGAUGCGAAAGUGCAGAGUCUCAUUAGUAAACAGGAUCCUUCAGAUAACGAUGCUAUGUUGUUGAAGAAAUCACUUUCUACUUCAUAUCCAAACAUGCCAUUUAAUGAAGCACUCAAGAAAGAAAAUGAAAAGUUAAGGAUAGAAUUACAAAGGUCUCAAGCCAACUGCGAUGUUGGACAGUGCGAAGUGAUUCAUCAUCUUCUCGAUGUCACUGAAGCUGUUGCUUCGAAGAAGACGAAGAAGAAUGAUUCUCCAAAGAAAGUGGAGGAUGAUCAUGAUAUUGCUGAUAUAGAAGAUUCUUGCAAUGAAACCUAUAUAACAAAGGAGAAAACAAUUAUUCAUACUAGAAGUCUUGACAGGGAUGAAGAAUGGAGUACAGAUUUGCUCGGUUGUUGUUCAGAACCCUUACUUUGUUUAGAAACCUUGUUUUGUCCUUGUGGGACAUUUGCGAAGAUUGCAAGUGCAGCCACAAACAAGAACAUUACUACAUCAGAAGCAUGCAAUGAAUUGAUGGCUUACACAUUGAUUUUAUCGUGCUGUUGCUACACUUGCUGCAUGAGAAGGAAGUUACGCAAGACAUUCAACAUCAGGGGCGGAUUCAUAGAUGACUUCCUAACACAUUUUAUGUGCUGCUGCUGUGCCCUAGUGCAAGAGUAUCGCGAAGUGGAAAUACAAAAUGGUUCUGGUCCGGAGAAGACAAAAACAAGACCUCCACACUCCCAAUACAUGGAAUCUUGAGUAAAAAAGAAAACCAUUAUGCAUGUUUGAGGUACAUAUAUAUAAAACAAACAAUGAUUGAUUAGUUCUAAUCAUUAAUACUUUAAAAACCUUAAUUUGAUCCAUUUUCUAAUCAAAUUUAUGUAAACAAUUUGUCAUUUUCAACUUAAACCACCACCCUGCCACAAUUUGUCAUUCACGGGUCUCUAUUUAAAACCUGUCAUUUUUUGUU